GCGCUAAACCCCCCCCCUCCCACGCACCCCUUUGCUACGUCAGAAGCUCCCUGGCCAGCUCCGAGUCCUGUCGGUGGGGGCAGCAGGAUGCUGGUGGAAGCAGAGGGGGCCGGCCGGGUGCCUCCGCAGCUCGGCUGGCAGGGCCCGGCGGGGUGUGUGCAGCUGCUGGUGCGAGCCCCUCCGCCCCACCCCUCCCCAUGCAGCCCUGGCAGUGCCUCCGGCGCUUUGCCCUGGCCUGGUGGGAGAGGACAGCGGAGGGCAGCGCCCGAUCUUCCAGGGAGGAGGCUGGACCGAGGGACCCCGGGGGCCGAGGGGAGCCAGAUCCGGAGCGGAGCAGCCCCCCCAUGCUCUCUGCAGACGAUGCCGAGUACCCUCGGGAGUACCGGACCCUGGGGGGCGGGGGCGGAGGCGGGGGCAGCGGGGGCCGGCGCUUCUCCAACGUGGGGCUGGUGCACACGUCGGAGCGGCGGCACACGGUGAUCGCGGCCCAGAGCCUGGAGGCGCUCAGCGGGCUCCAGAAGGCCGAUGCUGACCGCAAGCGCGAUGCCUUCAUGGACCACCUGAAGAGCAAGUACCCCCAGCAUGCCCUAGCCCUGCGGAGUCAGCAAGACAGGAUGCGGGAGCAGGUCGGCGGCUGGACCGUGGACCCCGUGUGCCUCCUCAGCUCCCUCUGCUCCCACCUCCAUGGCGACUCCGCCCCCUCCGGGGCUGGCCAGCCGGCCCAGCAGCCAAACUACUGGAGUUUCAAGACCCGCAGCUCGCGCCACACUCAGGGAGCCCAGCCUGGGCUGGCAGACCAGGCGGCCAAGCUGUCGUACGCCUCCGCUGAGUCACUGGAGACCAUGUCGGAGGCGGAGCUGCCCCUGGGCUUCAGUAGGAUGAACCGCUUCCGACAGAGCCUGCCCCUCUCCCGCUCAACCAGCCAGACGAAGCUGCGCUCUCCAGGGGUGCUGUUCCUGCAGUUCGGGGAGGAGACUCGGCGCGUGCACAUCACGCACGAGGUCAGCAGCCUGGACACGCUGCACGCACUCAUCGCGCACAUGUUCCCGCAGAAACUCACCAUGGGCAUGCUGAAGUCGCCCAACACAGCCAUCCUCAUCAAGGACGAGGCUCGCAACGUCUUCUACGAGUUGGAGGACGUCCGGGACAUCCAGGACCGCAGUAUUAUCAAGAUCUAUAGGAAGGAGCCACUCUACGCCGCUUUCCCUGGCUCACACCUCACCAACGGGGACCUCCGGCCCUGUCCGGUUCGGGGGCUGUGUUCUGCACAGAGAGAGAUGGUGUAUGCGUCGCGGGAGUCGUCGCCCACGCGGCGCCUCAACAACCUGUCGCCCGCGCCGCACCUGGCCUCCAGUUCGCCGCCGCCGGGGCUACCGUCGGGGCUGCCGUCGGGCUCGCCGUCGCGCUCGCGCCUAUCGUACGCCGGGGGGCGCCCGCCCUCCUACGCCGGCAGCCCCGUGCACCACGCAGCCGAGCGGCUGGGAAGCGCCCCCGCCGCCCCGGGCGUUAGCCCGAGCCCCAGCGCCAUCCUGGAGCGGCGCGAUGUGAAGCCGGAUGAGGACCUGGCGGGCAAGGCGGGCGGCAUGGUGCUGGUGAAGGGCGAGGGCCUCUACGCCGACCCCUACGGGCUGCUCCACGAGGGCCGCCUGAGCCUAGCCGCGGCCGCCGGCGACCCAUUCGCCUACCCGGGCGCCGGUGGCCUGUACAAGCGCGGCUCGGUGCGCUCACUCAGCACUUACUCGGCCGCUGCGCUGCAGUCCGACCUGGAGGACUCACUGUACAAGGCGGCGGCCGGAGGCGGCCCGCUCUACGGCGACGGCUACGGCUUCCGCCUGCCGCCCUCGUCGCCGCAGAAGCUGGCCGACGUGGCUGCGCCCCCCGGGGGCCCCCCACCGCCGCACAGCCCCUACUCGGGGCCGCCCAGCCGCGGCUCGCCGGUGCGCCAGUCCUUCCGCAAGGACUCAGGCUCCUCGUCUGUCUUCGCCGAGAGCCCCGGAGGCAAGACCCGCAGCACCGGGGGCUCCUCGACGGCUGGAGUCCCCCCUCCCGAGCUCUUCCCCGGGCCUGGGGAGCGCCCGCUCGUUGGGUUCGGGCCGCCUGUGCCAGCCAAGGACACGGAGACCAGGGAGCGCAUGGAGGCCAUGGAGAAGCAAAUUGCUAGCCUCACUGGCCUGGUGCAGAGUGCCCUACUGCGAGGCUCGGAGCCGGAGACCCCCAGUGAGAAGAUUGAAGGCUCCAAUGGAGCAGCCACCCCCUCAGCACCCUGCGGGUCAGGCAGCCGGAGCAGCGGGGCCACCCCAGUGUCCGGCCCUCCCCCGCCCUCGGCCAGCAGCACGCCUGCGGGGCAGCCCACUGCCAUCAACCGUUUGCAGAUGCAGCUACACCUGCGUGGCCUGCAGAACAGCACCAAUGACCUGCGCAGCCAGCUUCAGCAAUUGCGGAAGCUCCAGCUACAGAACCUGGAGUCUUUGCGCGCGCUGCUGAAGGGCACGGAGGCGGAGCUGAGCAUGCGCGUGUCGGAGGCGGCGCGGCGGCAGGAGGACCCGCUGCAGCGGCAGCGCACCCUAGUGGAAGAGGAGCGGCUGCGCUACCUCAACGACGAGGAGCUCAUUACCCAGCAGCUCAAUGACCUGGAGAAGUCGGUGGAGAAGAUCCAGAGGGACGUGUCUCACAACCACCGACUGGUGCCUGGGCCCGAGCUGGAAGAGAAGGCGCUGGUGCUGAAGCAGCUCGGGGAGACGCUGACUGAACUCAAGGCUCACUUCCCAGGCCUGCAGAGCAAGAUGCGGGUAGUGCUGCGUGUGGAGGUGGAGGCAGUGAAGUUCCUGAAGGAGGAGCCACAGCGCCUGGAUGGGCUCCUCAAGCGCUGCCGUGGGGUCACAGACACGCUGGCCCAGAUCCGAAGGCAAGUGGACGAAGGUGCAUGGCCACCCCCCAGCAACCUCCUGAAUCAGUCCCCCAAGAAGGUUACAGCCGAGACUGACUUCAACAAGAGCUUGGACUUUGAAAUGCCACCCCCCAGCCCUCCACUGAAGCUCCACGAGAUGAGCGGGCAAACCGAGGGGGCCCCUCCGACCCCGAAGGCGGGCAACCCCACCAAAGGCCUGGACACUCCUGGCAAGAGAAGCGUGGACAAGGCUGUGUCUGUUGAGGCUGCCGAGCGGGACUGGGAGGAAAAGCGGGCAGCCCUGACCCAGUACAGCGCCAAGGACAUCAACCGGCUUCUGGAGGAGACACAGGCAGAGCUGCUGAAGGCCAUCCCUGACCUGGACUGUGGGAGCAAGGCCCACCCAGGCCCAGCCCCCACCCCUGACCACAAGCCCCCCAAGCUGCCCCACGGUCAGAAGGCAACCCCCCGAACGGAGCCCAGUGGAAGGAGAGGCUCAGAUGAGCUGACAGUGCCCCGAUACCGCACGGAGAAGCCCUCCAAGUCGCCCCCGCCGCCCCCUCCCCGCCGGAGCUUCCCCUCCUCCCAUGGCCUGACCACCACACGCACUGGAGAGGUCGUGGUCACCAGCAAGAAGGACUCGGCCUUCAUCAAGAAGGCCGAGUCUGAGGAGCUGGAGGUGCAGAAGCCCCAGGUGAAGCUGCGCCGAGCCGUGUCCGAGGUGGCCCGCCCGUCCUCCACGCCCCCCAUCAUGGCCUCUGCCGUCAAGGACGAGGACGACGAGGACCGCAUCAUCGCAGAGCUGGAGGUGUUUGAGAGAAGCUCAGUGUCUCCCCUCCCCCCCACGCCCUGCCGCCAGCCGAUCCCCACCUUGCUGUUCCCCCAGGACCCGGGGCCUCCUGGGGGCUCAGCCCCGGGCCCCACGUGGAAGAGUGGCGGUGGCAGUGUGCCACCCAUGAAGAUGGUGACUCUGGGCACCUCUCGGCUGAAGGCGGCCCAGGGCCAGGCAGGCAGCCCCGACAAAGGCAAGCAUGGCAAGCAGAGGGCCGAGUACAUGAGGAUCCAGGCCCAGCAGCAGGCCACUAAACCGUCUAAAGAGAUGAGCGGGUCGAGUGAGACCUCAAGCCCAGUCUCAGAAAAGCCCUCGGCUUCCAGAACCUCCAUCCCCGUAUUGACUUCCUUUGGGGCGAGGAAUUCUUCCAUCUCCUUCUAGAAACUCCCUUACCCCCCACCCCCGCCUGCCCCCUCCCUUAUCCCUGCCAUUUCUCUCCUCGGCUUCCCUUCAUCUCCACCCCACCCUGACACCAUUCUCUAGAUCCCCUGAAGGUGGCCUGUCCUCAGCUCUCUCUGCCCAUCCCCUGUUGGUGUUUUUGGUUUUUUUAAUGAUUCACUUUUAAUUAUCUUUUUUUUAAAAAAACAAAAAAAAGAAAGAAAGAAAAAGCAAACCAGUAAAACUAAAAACCAAAACGUGACACCUUCCCUUGAUUUCCUGUUCCAGAAUGGCACACUUCCUGUCAUCAUGCCUCCUUUUCUCUUUCCCCACUUUCCCUCCCAAGUCCAUCCUGAAGUUCCUACCCCCCUGCCCCACCUCCUCGUCUCCCACACACUCCUCCCAAGAGCACUCCAAACAAACGCUACGCGUGGAGACUUGGAGCAGCCAGACACCCCCUCUCCCCUUCCUCGGAAGCCUUCCUGGAGGAAAACCUGGACAUUGGACCAAUCCCAAAAUCAGGCUGGAAAAUGGGACGUCGGGAGACUUUGGCCCUGGAGGUGCCGCACCUGUCCAACCUCGGGAGGUGACCCAACGCCGCUGCUUCUCUGCUCCUGUCCACUCAUGCCUGGGUGGGCCUGGAGUCGAGACAGAGGGGCUGGAGAGGGAGGCCAGAGGUGGAGGGGCCUCAGGGUGGUGUGAGCCCGUGGAAUCUGCGUGUCCUUGGAGAGGAGCUGGCUUCCCGGGACCACCUUCCUGUGGUGAGGAGCUGCCUGGCUGGCACUGAUCGGAGGAGGGGGCACCUUUGGACUGCUGGUUAUGGAUGGUGGGUUGAGCAGACAGCCUGACACUGGGGACACUGCCCUGGGAGAGGGCAGCCCCAAGGAGGGGUAUUUGGUACUUUUAGUUUCCUAAUUUAGCACUUUAAGUGACAUUAACUUAUUUAACGGGGGUGGGGUGGGCAAGAAUGAAGGGCCUAUAGCAAAUUAGAUUUUGAGGCCUGGAGGGUGGGGAGGGUCUGGUUGUGAGGGAAGUGGGGGGAAUAGAGAGGGGUUUCAUGGGGGGCAGUGAGGACAGCUCUGACCCCACAGGUGGGGUGACUUGACCUUCAACCAUCCUCUUUGAGAUUUGAGGGUUUUCAGGGUAGGGCUGGGGACCCCUGGUGAGAUCCUCGAGGGUCCCUGAAGCCUGACCAGCCAGCCAGCACCCCCGAACCUGUGGGCGCCAGCUUUGCAGAGGCUGUGGGCAGUGAGGCUUUCUUUUAGUGAGGUCCUGAGAAGGAGCUGGAGAGACCAGUUUUGGUUCUUAGCCCCGCUCCCCCCAGGGCACAGUGAGGGGCCAGCAGGGAGAGUAUGUGGAUGGGGGAGGAGGGGGAAGAUGGAGUGGGGUCCCCAGGGAGCAGGAUUCCUAUUUGGAGCACAAAGUGGGGUAAGCACAGGGGGUGGGGGGCGUUGGGAUUAGUCUCCCCGAGUAAGCACAGAAAGAAGGAGCCAUCGCAGGGGCAGAACCUCCUAGACCUUGGAGCCUGGCGUUUGGGGAGAGCCAGGGGGAGCUGUUGAGGGUUGGGGCGGGAGGGGGAAUUGGGUUGUGUUCCUUCAUUUCUUUCUUUUUCUGUUGUUGUUUUUGUUGGGUCAUCCUUGUUUUCUAGCUUUGGAUCAUUUUUGUACAAAGGCAAGCAAGCCUUUUUGAAAAAUAACAAAAGAAGAGGUUAAAAAAAAAAUCCGUCCUGAAAAAAAAAUACCCUGGAAAAUAGAAAAAAAAAAAAAAAGGACCUCAUAAAUGAUGCAAUUACUUUUAAUUGCAGGCAACUCUUUACAUUUAAGUGAAGUGUCUUAACAUUUUAUAUUGUUUUAAAAAUAUAUUUACAUAUUAUAUAUAUAUAUAAUAUACGUAAUAUAAAUAUAUAUAAAUAUUUAAAAAAGAAAAAAAAAAGAAAACCACGGCACUCUCUCCCUGGCCGCUGUUUUGGCAGGGGAGGGGGCUAGAGGGUGGGUACAUUGGCCUGGCUUCUGUGGUCCAGUGAGACGGUUUGGUUUGAUUCGGCUGUACAGAGACACCCUGACUUGGGAGGGAGGGGGGGAGUGGUGCCCCCUCCUCCCUCCACUCCAUUACUCUCUGCUUGCUACUUUUCCCUUGCCGCACCUCCCACCCUCAACCCUGUGCCCUGAACGUUUGCCCCACCGUCAUUGUCCUGAGUUGAAUGUCUCUUGGAGGGGGGGGAGAAGGGCGUGUCCAUCCACAAGGGAGCAAAUGGAGGGAGUCCUGUGCCCCACCCCACCCACUCACGUGGAGCCCAGUGGAAUUUGCAUCUUUCAUUUUGGUGCCUGCAUAUUUACAGGAGGAGUUAUGCGCAGCCUGUGUGUGUGUGUGUGUGUGUGUGUGUGUGUGUGUGUGUGUGUCCACUGGCACAAGUCCAUUCACCAGUGUGCGGAGGGAAGGAAGCAUGAGCGUGCACAGGCAUGACCUCCCACAUAUGUGCAGGGAGGCGGGCACACAGCGGUGCAUGUAACUGGCCUGGGCAUUGGCAUGUGCCCACCUGCACAUUGAUGUGGAGGACCUUGGCAUGUGAGAGCACGUGUAAUGUGUGACCUGUGUGUGUGUGGACAGAAGGGUGUACGUGGAGGGGUGUGUGAGCUGCGCAUGCACGUGCACAUGCGUGCAGACCCCGCGUGUGGGAGCGCCUGUGUGUACGGUCCUUGGCCUUGCUCCACUCGCUCCGGCUCCCCUCCUAAGCCUCCAGCCCCUGGGCCCUCCCAAAGCCCCCAGCACGUCAAGGCCCCCCCCCAGCUGCAUGCGCCUCGCUGCUCUGUCCAUCAGUGUGUGCUUGACCAAGAGAAAACCAAGACGUCUGGGGGGACCCCUGUAGCUGGUCUCCCCAGCCCCUGCCCACUGUGCUGUGUUACUCGCAUGGGGGGUUUCUCUCCCGCCCCUUCCACAAUAUGCUGUUUCCCCAGGAGCCUCAGGCCCGAGGCUCUGAGCGGGGUCCCAGGUGGGACCCCCAGGGCGAGCCCGGCUCCGCACCCCGCCCUGUCCACCCUGUAGGGCCCGUGUUGGUGUAGCAGUGAUGGCUUCUGUGGAUAUUCUGUGACCUCUGUCAGUGUAACUUGACAAUUUCUAAAUGGAAAAGGGUUGCUGUGUUUUCUCUGUCUCUCUUUUUUAAUGUCCCUUUUCUUCUCCCACUUUCCUGCUCUCUUUCCUUUUUGGUUUUUCUAGCCGAGUGUUUGGGGCUUAAAUAAAACUUGUUUCUCUUUCCUCUCCUGAA